AUGACCAACAUUCAGAUCCGGAAGUUUCGGGACAAAGACGCUGAAACGGUGAAGGAGAUCUUCACGUUGGGGGUGAGCGAGCACGUCCCUGCGUCUUUCACCCACAUGCUCAAACAGCCGCCCACCCAGAUGGUGCUCAUGUGCAUGUUCUGCGCCCUCAUGGCCAGCUCCAAGUCCUUCCUGCUCCCCAUCCUGGCCAUCACACUCCUCCUGGCCGGAGCCCGGCAGCUGGUUGUCUACUCGUUCAACAAAUACAUCGAGACGUCCCUCAGGAGCGACCUCCACAACAUCAGCGAGACCUACCUGAAGCAGAGGGACUCAUGUUUCUGGGUGGCGGAAAGCGACGGCCGUGUGGUCGGCACGGUGUGUUGUGUCCCCACUGAGACGGCGCCGGGUUGCUUGGAGCUGAAGCGCAUGUCGGUGCGUCGCAGUUACCGCGGGAUGGGCAUCGCCAAGGCUCUGUGUCGGACUGUAGCCGAUUUCACCCGUUACCGAGGUUACGCUGCCGUCAUCCUGCACACCUCUGUGGUGCAAACAGACGCUCAGAAGCUGUACGAGCACAUGGGCUACCAGAAGAUAAGAGAGUCUGUCGUUCCAGAGGUUUUGGCCAAAAUCAUGAACUUCACACUGUUUGAGUACAGACUGGAUUUACAGCAGGACAGAAAAAGAGACUAAAAGGAACAUAAACACGGUGAUUCAUUCUGGGUGACUGUUUCCAUGCUCAGGUCAGCUGAUAAAACCCACAUUAGGGGAACUAUUCACUGCUGUUUUCCUCUGAUCAUCAACAUGGCUUGGGAACAGACUCGAACUUCCUCCAAGAUCGUCUUCUUCCUGAUCCAGAAUGCCGGGCUGCUCACCGGCUUCGUCAUCAUCCUGCUCAUCACUAUGUUUGCAGGCGACAUAAACCUGGGAUAGAAGAGACACAAACUGCAGUAAAACGUAGUCCUGAGCUGCUUCCGUUUCUGCUCACACAGCCGAGCAGGAAAGUGAAUGUUUUGUAUGAACAAAACCAAAUGUUGAAAGGAGGAAAAACACUUUUAUACCUUUGGACUAUCGAUUUAGUGGAAUAUUUGCUCCAUUAAAAAAGAAAGGAAAACAUCUUGUCAGAUUUAUUUUAAGGAGACAAUAAAUUAUUUUUUCAGUCUUCAUACGUUGUGGAAUAUUUUAUGUUUAUUUGAGUUCACUGAUGUCGUGUUUUCUGGCCUGUUGUUGCAGCUGUGUUUGACCUUUUGGUUGUAUUACUGGAGUUUUCUUGUUGUCAAAAUUCCAAGAUUUUCAAAAACCAGUUGGACCUGCACAUCUUAACAUUUUUCCCUUGAAGAUCAAAAUAUAACAGAAAUCAUCACAACAAAUUUAAGAUACUUGAAUAUUAAGAAAUAACGUGACUUGAGUCUGAUUAUAUUUGAUCUCCACCACAGUUUGUCAGAUAUAAUUUGAGUGUUUGCAUUUUUUUAAACCAUCAAGGAUCAUUUACAGUACAUUGGAACUUUUCUGUGAACUUUGCAUUCAGUUUUUGCCAAAUUGUAUAUUAAGACUGUCGACUCAAGAUUUCAAGUAGCACAAAAGGAGGUCACAUUAAACACUGAAUUUAGCCGAUGAAACCUAUUUUGUUGCGAAUUUUGAACCCAAACAUUUCAAACUUUGACUCAUCACUCCAUAGCACUUUUCUGCAUUGAUCUUCACUCAGCUUUUUCGGAAGUUGUGUUUAUUUCAACCUUUUAGUCCUUAAAAAUGAGGAAGGUUCAACUUUCAAUCCAAAAAAAACCUGCCAAAUGCAGAGAGGUAUUCACUAGACUUCUCCAUUUUUGUCUUUCUCUUCUCCAGAAUAUCCAAAUUUCUUGACUACAGCUUGAAUCCUACUCAGUUUGUUUGCUUAUUUGCCUUUGGGAGUGACCUUCCUGCUGCAUGUAGAAGUUCACACUAAAUACUUUCCACUUUAGUGGGUAAAAACGUUAUUUUUCAGAUUUUUUUUGUUGUGUCUUUAUAUACUGUGUACACAUUUGAAGCAUAUUAAAGUACUGUUGUGAUACAAAAACUAAGAAAUGCCUGUGUAUAGUCAUUACCACUGUUCCCUCUAAGCUGCGCAAUUUCGCACUGCUGACACGGUCUCCGCGCACAGAAAAUCUGCGCUGCACACAAAAAAAACAAAAAAAAAAAAACAACCUAAAUUGUAAAUAAAAUAAACAAGUAACAAUUCAUUCUGUGCUAUUUUUCAGUGUGAGUCAGUGAGUGACCGGUGACUGGCUGCUGCAGCCAAUGAUGCGAUUCACAUACGUAUUUACCAUAGACUGUAUAUAAUGGUAUUUACGCAGCUAAUCAACGUCAGGCGUCCUUAUGUGCAGCUACCGUUGUUCUCAUAGAUAUGAAUGAGUAGAUAGGACACGCCCCUUUGAGCUGCGUGCUACAACGAGGCUAAGCUAGUGGGGGCAAAGUUUCAGUGCAUUCCGUUGAUGUAGACGGCGUGAAAACGGAAACAAGAAGUAUGCCGUCUCACUGUACUGCAUACAGUUACACACUACGUCGUACGAUUGAGACAAAGAAACUUGGAAUGACUUUUCAUAGGUUUCCCAGAGACUAUGGGUUGAGGAGGAAUUGGAAGUUUGUCGGCUUAGACCUGGUGUCAUUCCAUCAGUGUUAAACUUCCCGGCUCAUCUUGGAAGAGUACGUGCCAGAAAGACCACGACCAAGCAGCCUUGAGAUCUUAGACAGCGUCUCCCUGAGGUCCCUCUCUAUCUCCCCACACAUCCACCAACCACUGGAACACAUCUCCAAAGUUCUGCCGGGCCAGCUCAGCUUCCCCUCAGAAGAAGUGCUGCCACCUGCCAGAUGAAGGAGCCUUUUGAGAGGCAGCUGGCAUCGUGAUUGGACUGUACUUUGGUCUGUUCCAAUCCAGCUUCAGCUCCAGAGACGGCAGGCGGGACGAGUCAACGGAGGCCUGGUGGACGAAGGCAUGCAGCUGAGUACAAUCCAGAAAACAACAGAGGAGGAGUGCAGGGCCAGAACAAGCAGAGUAGCAUCGUAUGUCUCUUAGAAAACAUCAUAGUAGAACCUUUGGUAUGAAAAAAAACCAUCAUAUACAUCGUAUAUUGUACAAAUAACAAGUCAAAGGAAAGAGACCUACAUUGUAGAAUUGUAGUAAUUGUGGGCUGACUGAUUUACUGAUUAUCAGUAUUUUAUUUUUUACUGAUUUACGGUAAUAAAUACAUUUAAAAAUGGCACUACUUUGGCUCUGAACCUUUAUCUACCUGUGGUCGCUCUGUCUUCUGGAGUGAUUUGAUUGGUUAUACGUAACAAAUAAAACUCCUUUAACUUAACAUCUGUAAACAAAACAAAAACGUAUCAACAACGUUUUCUGUUAGAGUUUGUGUUCUUCUAAGUUUAACUCCAAGAUUUUAAAUACUUUCAUUUACUGCAAAUGAAUAUCUACUCCAAAUGUCUCACUAAUAAUCAUUAUCAGCCUUAAAAACCCACAAAACACCCCUCUAUACUCGACCACACUUAGUACAGUCUGGUUCCCCCUUCUAUAAAUCUGAUUGGAAUCUUCCACUUCCUGUUUGUCAAAGUGGCCUUCUACCUGGACAGGUUUUGUUGGAGCUCAUGCAACAAACAUUUUGGGUAACUGCACUUUAAUAUGGAUGGAUGACACUGAAUUAGAGUCUGUUUUAAUGAGACUGAGUUAAGAUGUGUAGCUCUGUCAUUAAAUAGUAAAUUAUUUCUCAGAAUUCACAGAGAAAAGUCUGAAAUGUUUUCUAGGUUAGCGUCCCACAUGUUCUUUGGCUCAGCUAAAGCUAACUCUCUCCAACUUCUGGAUCUCUUGAGUUGCUUGUUGUUAAAAUAUCUUGCUAGAGGUGCUGAAGCUCAGAAAGUCUGAGAUGUUUGUUCAAAAUAAGCUCAUUCUCAAGUCUUAUCUGAACUGUCCUCUUUUGUUUGAACUUUCCCUAAACUUAGGAGUUAAUGACAGAGCAGCACAUCCAGACUCAGUCUCAUUUAUGUAGAGAUUAAACUUCAGUGUCAUUCAUUGAUGUUAAAGUGCAGUUUUUCAAAUGUUUGUUGCACAUGCUCCUGACCAAACCAGUCCAGGUGGAAGACGAUGUGAAGAGAAAGCUCCAGAGGAUGAAUAUCACACAUUUACGUUGGAAAUAAAUGUCCUUUAAUGAGACAUUGUCAUGCAAAAGUUGGAUUUCCAUUUAAUGAUGUUAAAAUCUUUGAGUGUUUUGUUGAUGUUGGUUUCUAAAUGUUUUCUGACACUCUGCCCCAAAGAUUAAAACCUUUUACAGCUCACAAGCUGCAACAAUUCACACAUUAUCAACUAUCUUUCUGACUAAACUAAGAUAAAAAGUGAAAAACUGUCUGAUUCCUGCAUCAUGAAUGUAAAUCUUUUUGGUUUUUAUGACAGUAAACUGAAUAUAUUUGG